AUAGUGUCGAGAUUUUUUGUUUUAUUUUUCCAAGAAACCUAAUUGUUCGUUUGCCAACCACAAGGUGUUAGUGUUAGCUGUCUGUGUCUGUUGGAAAAACAAUGUUAUAUCAUGUUUUUAUGAAAGUACAAAAGGUGAUUCAAUAUAUCGACAUAAGAGCACCACUGUGAGCACAUACGAUCGCAGCAUGAACAAUAUAACUGAGCCCUCUCCUUCAGUGGCCCCUGAGGAGUCUGUUGGUGAGGUAGCAGUGGCUUGUGUGAUCCUUGGCUUGUCCUUCCUGGUUGGAGCGCCGGGGAACCUGCUGGUGAUCUGGACUAUCCUGAGACACGUCAAGCAACGCUCUCAUACUGUGGUACUGAUCCUGCACCUGGCUGCUGCAGACCUGCUGGUCCUCAUCACAUUGCCUAUUUGGAUAUACUCCCUGGCGGACACAUGGGUGUUUGGAGUAGCACUGUGCAAGAUUUUGGCAUAUGUCAUCAAUGCCUGCAUGUACAGCAGCAUCUUCUUCAUCACCCUUAUGAGUGUGGAGCGCUAUGUAGCCAUCUGUCGUCCAUUUGUGAUGAUGCGCUGGAAGUCCAACAGCACCAUGAACAGAUGUCUUGUACUUUUUUGGCUCCUUGCUUUCCUUCUUGGAGUGCCUGCAUUGGAGAGUCGUACUGUUGAUGAACGUAACGAAACUAAGCGGUGUCAUUAUAAGGACUGCACCUCUAACAAUCAAGGAAUUAUUAACCUAUGUCUUCAGGUUUUGGUGGGCUUUGUAAUCCCUUUCACUGUUCUUAGUGUCUGUUACUCUCUAGUAGCUGUGCAGCUCAAGAAAAUGAGGUUCAACUCAAAACAGAAAUCUAUGGUUCUUAUUCACGCUGUGGUGAUUGCUUUUACAGUGUGCUGGUUGCCUUUCCACAUUAUCAACAUUAUUAAUCUGGUUUGCUGCCUGCAUUCGGACAUAGGACAUGAAUGUGUACCUCAGAGUGUUGUCCUUGGCUCUGGAGCCCUGGCUUUCAUCAGCAGUUCAGUGAAUCCUGUGUUAUACGCCUUCCUUUCAAGAAGCUUCCAAGGGAAUAUGAAGGACUCAAGGCUAGUCAGGCUGUUCAGGGAAGUAACCACUCAAACAAACAAACUCAUGGACCUGGCAGCACAACAGGAGACUGGCCAGGGGACAACAAUUACAAAGGAGGAGUUGCUGUGUGACUCCCUAUGUAAAUAAUACUCUGAAUCUUUGAAACUGUGAUGCCUAAGAAAAUGUGUUUUAUGCAGUUAAUACAUGGUUGCAACAAUAAGGAUCAUAGUAAAACGAACUCCUUUUUCCAGCAUCAGUCCAUAUAGAUGACACCUUGAGGCGUAACUAGUUCAUAGAGCUAACAGACUGACAAAUCCAAUGGCAACACUUUAUGGGUGUUAAUAGAACAACAAGGAGCCUGACUAUUAUUUGGCUCAAAUAACAUUAUCUUAGUUCUGCUUACAUUUAAAAGUAGUUUUUGGUCAGUGAGAGUGUGCUGCAAUAGGUCAAAACCAUCGAGUCAUCAAAUGUCAUUGACAUAAAAUAUGAAGAUAAUAGACAGCAAAAUAGUCCCUCAGGUAACUACCUUUUCGUGACCAGCUCAAUUGGACAUGUUUCACACAUUUGUUUAACCCUUGUAUGGUAUUCGGGUCAAAUUGACCCAUUUCAGAUUUUUACAAAAAGAAAAAUGGUACAAGUAUACAUUUUUCUACCUGAAACUCAAUGGCCUUAGCUUAUUUUCUGUGAUAAACAUUUAUAAACAAACAAACAAACAAACAAAAAAAUAGCACACAUGCUACUAUACCCCACACAUUUACAUCCUUCAUAUGGUCUUCAGGUCAAUUUGACCCGCAUACACAGAGACAGACAGGUGGUACCAGUGGGUGGACCGGCUUCCCUGUCUUUAUAACCCUGGGCCCAAUGUAACUGUGGACGAAAGGCUUGUGGGGAUUAGAGGCCACUGCCCUUUCAGGCAGUAUAUGCCCUCAAAACCAGCAAGGUAUUGCAUCAGAAUCUGGGCUGCCUGUGAUGCUGUUUCAUCUUAUGCGUGGAACAUGCAAAUUUAUACAGGGAAGGCGUAAGGAGGAGCUGCUGAAAGAAACCAGGGGACACAAGUGGUGCUAGAUAUGUCACAAGGCUUCAGUGGCCACAACGUUACCUGUGACAAUUUUUUCACAUUGUACAGCCUGGGACAGGAGCUUUUUGAAAGAAAGCUGAUAAUGGUUAGAACAGUUUGGAAAAAUAGGACGGAGCUUCCACCUUAGGUUCAAACUAUGAAGAAAAGGCCAGUCCAUUCCUCCAACUUCAUGUUCACAGCCAACACUGCCCUGGUAUCUUACAAACCAAAAAAAGGAAAAAAAAUGUGGUGCUCAUGAGCACUCUACACAGGGACGUAGCCUGAGGUCAUACUUGACUACAAUGCUUACCUUAUGACAAAAAUAGUAGUCACGCUUCCAUUGUUAAUUGUGUUCUAGUAGAGACUGAUUGCAAUCAUUAAACAUGUAUGUUAUUUCAAUUGUUUGAAAUUGAGAUAAAGACAAUAUAUGUUAAUGGUUUAUGAAGUAAAAUUUUAUAUUAGAAUUGUUUUUAACAUCCCAAAUGUGUCCCGGGUAAAUUUGACCCGAGGGAUACCAGAGGGUCCUAAAGGUGAAGACCAUACAAGGGUUAAAUAACUAUGUGGACGGCUAGUCACUUCGCAACAUUGCUUGAUAAACUAGCCAACAAUCAUAAGUGCAAAAAACAUGGUAGUAGACAUUAUUCAUCACUGUACGUCAUCCAUUGGUUGAACUCAUUUUAUUAGUAAUGUUACAUCAACUCAUCAGACCACUUCACUUAUCCACAUUAAGUAAUGUGACAAAUAAACAGUAAAUUCUUAUAGUAGUAAAACUGUGGUGGGAAGUGGCCUGUGUUCAUUUUAGAAAUUAACAGAUUAUUCUGAGCUGUAUAAAUCUGUUCUUUUGGUGAACUCUGUAAAUCUUAACCACCAUGAAACUGUGUCUACUUCAGGUUUUAGUUCCUCUCCUCCUCUCAGAGCUUCCAAAGGGGUAGACUGAGCAUCGGCAUCAGUCAAAACAACAGACAUGGUUUAAGUUGCUGAGGGUUUAGGUAAUCAUGUGAACUUUAACCCAUACUUCAAAGUACAGCUAACGACAGAGAAAAAGCAAAUGUGUUUUGAAUUAUUGAAUAUUUGAUCUUAAUGGAUAUGACUACCUUAUUUGCAUUUAUCUACAUACAUUUUCUGUGGUGUUAGUUGAUGGAUUUAUUUGCAUUUAAUUACAUUGUUUAUGACACUGAAUUUAAUUUGUCAAAAAUGCUGAUCUGAAUAUAUCUGAAGGUGUGAAACCCCAGCACAGCAGCAAUCUGUGCUGAUUUAUUCUUUAUAAUUUACAUUGAAAUGAUGGUGUAAAUCAAACACACAGUUGAAGAGCAAUUUAAAAAACAACUUAAUUAUGAAAUACAAGUGCUGUGUGCAAUGGAAUCCGAGUUGGAAGAGGAAAUGACACAAUUACUGUAAAUCACAGUCAUCACAGGACUUCACACACUCUAAGGCAGGGUACAGCCUGGAUCUCAAGGACGUAGAACUGAAAGUGAAAGCAUAUUGUACUCCUGGUAACUUUUAAUCCAUAGAAAGAUGAAUGUAAUAAUGCACUGGUCUUCAUAUCAGAAUCAAUCAAUAAAAAGAAUUAUCAAACAAAUGAACAAUGUGGAGUCAUUUUGACAACUUGGGAAUGUUUAGGGACUGUAAUCAUUAAUUAUUCAU